GUAUGGAUGAAGACUAAAGAAGAGAAACGUGAAAAUUGGGAAUACAUAGAGAAGGUCCUAUUAAGUGAGUUUCUGAUUAAACUGUAUGGAGACUUCUUUGGAAUACACAAAAGGCAGGAAUAUGAAGUCCACAACUCCAAUUGCCCAAUUACCUUACUGACUAAAUAAGUGCUUGAUUGAGAUACUUGAUUUAUUUAAAAUGUUUAUUUUGAUAUCUUAACUUUAUUUUGCCUUAAAUUUUUAGAAAAUAACAAUAACAACCUUCUCUGGGGUAAAAAAGUUUAGCUUGAUUUGUUCACUAAUUUGACAUUUUUGAGACAAUCAGGGUUCUGACUACAUUUAUUAUGCAAAAAAGUGAAGCGGAAAAAAGAAUAAAAAAUAGUCCCAUAUCUGACGAAAAGGUAAUCUUUAUUGGUGGUUUGUUAUUUUUUUUUAUCCAUACUGAAUAAAUGGUAUGAAAGCUCUUCUUUAAUGUUAUUUAAUGCAAUUUAAGUAAGUCAGGUUGCUCCCCCCUAAACUAAACACACAUGUAUCAAUCCAAUGUAAAAACAUAUUCAAUAUCUAUAUUCAGAGAUAAAUUUAAAAUAACUUUUAGAUGUCUGGGUUGUAAUAACAGAAAAAAUGUCUGAAGACUUCUCAAGCAACAAAGAAAUCUCAUCAUCCUCAACAUGAACUGUUGAACAGAAUGUCAAAGGAACUGUGCUUAUGCCACAAACUCAAAUUUUCUAAUCCCUAUAUCUUAACAACCUGAUGCAUGAUGGUUUGAACCUUUGAUAUUUCAAACUUAGACUAUGUGAUCUAACUUAACUUUAUUUGUGACACAGGGUUGAAAAGAUAAAAGGAUUAGACAAUCAGAGUUUGUGGCAAGAGCUCAAUUCCUUACUGUUUAAAUGUAUUUUAACCAUUGUAAAAAGGUUUAAGAUAAUCUCUAAUCUGAAAUCUGUUAGAAAGUCUACAUUUGAAAUAUUAAAGGUUUCAACCAUCAGGUUCUAAUGACAUAGAGAUUAGAAAAUUUUAAAUCUAAAAACCUUUAAAGUGAGACUAUCAAAUAGAUAUUUUCAUUUCAUUUAUUAAGACAUUUAUGCAAUUUAAACAUUAUGCAAAAAAAAUAAGCCCAAAUUUAAAAAUAUUUUUUCUAUAAUUUUAACGCUUCAACUUACUCUGAAAUGCUUGAUCAUCAACUUUUUAUCCCUUAAUUUUUUAGAUAUUUUUAGAAAAUAAUCAUUGAAACAAGAAUUUUUAUGAGAUAACAAAGGGAAAAUUUCCGAUCAGACAGGUAUAGCAGAACUAUUUGCAAAUCAAUUCAUAUUUUAGGUUAAUCUUUUCUUUUACUACUAUUUUUUGUCUCUGUCAGCGAUGAUUAGUCAAAGGUUUUAGGGAUACUGCUUUCAAUCUGGCAUUCCCCUCUUUACAGGGCGGGUCACUUGAAAUUACCCUUACAGACCCAUUUACACUUUUUUAGUUUUACAUUUUAAUCAACUGCAAAACCUGAAUCUGGAGAAAAAGUGAAAGAUAUCGUUGUUUUUCUGACUCAAAACUCUUUAUGAAUCUCAAGUUGUUCUUAUAAGCAAAAAAUGCACAAAUCACUUUUGCAUAAAGACCACAAAGGAAAAUAAACAGUUUAAAUAAACAAAAACAUG